UCUAAUAAAAUAUGGUGCGGAUGAACUCACACUGCCUUAAUUAAUUAUUCUGUAAGCAAGUAAUCUUUUCAUUCUUUUGCUUACCGAAGUGAGGAAGUGUCUGGACAGUCUGACCGUUUAAACUCUAGUCGUGGACACUGCCCACUGAACAGUGACCUUUUGGUUUUCAUAACGGACUGCGCAGCUAUUUUUAUACCGAAAACGGCUUUGUUCUGUUCAGUUUCUUCAAUUCAAACAAUGAACUAGUGCCGCUUAAACCAGAGUUUUACUUAAUCAAUCGUUUUUUAAAAGAUACUAAACCUUUCUCGCAGGUCAUAAAAACACUUACAGAUACUUAUUUCUACGUGUAAUGCGCUUGCCCGAGGAGAAACAGUUCCAGGUAGUGUUGCGGCACACCGGCCGCGGCCAUCUGGCGACCAUUCUGGUAUCCUUAUGCACACUUGGAAUUAUGACCUCUCUGAGUCUCAUGGCCGUUGGGAUCGCCAUUCACGAAAGCGUUGCACCUUAUCGUGCUGUGCUGGAUGAUUACGACGGUGCUUACUUGUCUUUCAUUUUGGGCGGACUCGGUUUAACUGGUUUAACUGUGCAUUCGUUGCUGGUGUUUUGCUUGUUGGAUUUUACCAAUCCGGAAAGGUCAGACCAUUUUGGACGCGUCAGCAUUACGAUUGUGAUCAGUGCGGGACUGACCAUGAUUGCCGGUAUCAUCUGUUUCGCACACAUCAGAGAAGUGCAGUCCGCGUUUCGCAGCGGACUUUCCUUUGCUAUGAAAAACUACAAGAAUAAUACGAUGCAGAAGUCUGCAAUGGAUGAAGUGCAAAUGCGAUACGAAUGUUGCGGCAUUCGGAACUACCGCGAUUGGUUUAACAUUUCUUGGGUGAACCAAAGUUACGUGGACAAAAACCGAAUUUCUAAGAAUAUGAAAAACGGUGAAUUCAAGCCGGACGACGUGCCCUUUAGUUGCUGCGACCCUUCGGUCUUUCGUCCCUGCAUUCACGAAGCAGUGCACACCAACAGCCACCACUUCAAUUACAACCACGCCAAGAAUGUCACCAUCUUCACUUCGGGUUGUUUGGAGAAAAUAAAAAACUUUUUUGGUCCGGGACUGUUGUUUAUAAUGGGCGGAUUAGUCUGCUGCAUCGCUUUGAUGGACUUCGGCAUUGCAGCAGGAACGCGAAUACUCUACACUUCCUUGUUGAGUGCCGUCAAACGCGGCGAUGAAUACGGUCCAGGCAUCGGCAUUGUUUGGCCGGGAAGAAUAUUGGUUUACCGGUCGUCAACGGAUUUAAGAAGAGCGUGAAAACUGACAAAAUAAUGGCUAUAAUAUAUUGCUGUUUCAUGAUAUUUUGCAGGAAAAUAUUAAACCUAUACCUUAGUUAAUGUAAGUUGACUACAGUACUUCUAGAUAAAGUGCAUCUAGUCUUGUAUAAAACGCACUGGUUUCACCACCACAGUCGCAUUCAGCUUUAAUAACAUUAAUUUUUCUUCAUAGAUUUAUUUAGUGUUAUCAAAUUACCACAAAGCACAAU